UUUGUUUGACGUGACACUCCCCCCUUGUCGAUGGGAGGCCGACGUCACCCUGCCAGCGGAGGAGUGGAUGGCCUCUGUAAUAAAAAUACAUGAAGAGAAUUGAGGAAAAGGAGAAGAUUGUCCGGGGAGAAAAGCAGCAACAACACGGCAUUUUAUUCCUUUCUUCUCGCCCCGCUGAUGAGCCAUGGACGUGAACGUCUUUUAAGACAAACUGGGAUAUAUUUCGGUCGCGGCAUCGACAGCUCCGGCUGAAAUGCAAUGUUAUGUGUGGCUUUCUUGGUUUUUUGAGCAGACGGAGAGAGAUAACUGUACUGUAUCCCAGCCUAGCGGAUUGGAGUGAAAGUCCGCCAUAUUCUGCCUUACCACGCCCGGGAGUCGAGCCACUGGAAAAUAAACGGAAAGCUUUAUUCAUGUAUUUUUCCCGUUGCCCUCACCCACGGACGAUAACUUGAACACAAGGGAUUUUGUAGAUUGAAAAAUAACAACAUUGAAGACUUUGAAGAGAGGGUGGCCGGGCACGGAUGGCAAUGCUUAACGAGAUCACACAGAGCAGUACGGAGGAUGUGUCUUAAAAGGAUCUGUUGAUCAUAUUGAGAAGGAAAAGCAGAUUACACCAAUUAAGAUUGAACAGAUAUUCAACUCAAACCGCUUUGGACACUAUUUUGAAGCUGUCAGGAAGCACAGAAAGCGAACCGAAACGGGGGGAGGGGGGUCAAUAAUUUCUCAAAUAUCUAAUUUUCCUUUUCCUCCACAAUCUGUGUGUGGACUGUUCUAGCUCAUUAUAAGGGCGUCCACGCGUUAUUUCAACACUUGUAGGCCUGUAUGUGGACGUUAUCUGGUAUUCACAGGCCUCUGCUUUUUUUUUUUUUUUUUUUUUUUUUUUACCUCGACGAAUCUGAAUGAAUCUGUAAGAGGAAAAAGCGGAAAAGUGCGUGUUUCAAAAAGGAGAGAGAAUGACCCUGGAAUCCAUAAUGGCGUGUUGCCUCAGCGAGGAGGCGAAAGAAGCCAGGCGGAUCAACGACGAGAUCGAAAGGCAGCUCCGCCGGGAUAAGAGGGACGCACGCCGGGAACUGAAACUGUUGCUUCUCGGCACUGGGGAAAGUGGGAAGAGCACAUUCAUAAAACAGAUGAGGAUUAUCCACGGCACCGGUUACUCUGACGAAGACAAAAGGGGUUUCACCAAACUGGUCUAUCAGAACAUCUUCACAGCCAUGCAGGCCAUGAUCCGAGCCUCAGAGACGCUCAAGGUCCCCUACAAAUAUGAGCACAACAAGGGCAACGCCAACAUUGUGAGAGAGGUGGACGUAGAAAAGGUCAGCAUGUUUGAGAAUCCUUAUGUAGAUGCAAUCAAGAGCUUAUGGAAUGACCCGGGCAUCCAGGAGUGCUACGAUCGAAGGAGGGAAUACCAACUCUCAGACUCCACUAAAUAUUACCUGAACGCGUUGGACCGUAUCGCUGAGCCGGCCUACCUUCCCACCCAACAAGAUGUGUUGAGGGUUCGAGUCCCCACCACGGGCAUCAUUGAAUACCCGUUUGACCUGCAGAGUGUCAUAUUCAGAAUGGUGGAUGUUGGAGGUCAGAGGUCGGAGAGGAGGAAGUGGAUCCACUGUUUUGAGAACGUCACAUCCAUCAUGUUCCUGGUAGCGCUCAGCGAGUACGACCAAGUCUUGGUGGAAUCGGACAAUGAGAACCGGAUGGAGGAGAGUAAAGCUCUGUUUAGAACAAUAAUUACAUACCCCUGGUUCCAAAACUCCUCAGUCAUUCUCUUCCUCAACAAGAAGGACCUGUUGGAGGAGAAGAUCAUGUACUCUCAUCUGGUCGACUAUUUCCCAGAGUAUGACGGUCCACAGAGGGAUGCCCAAGCAGGGCGAGAGUUUAUCCUCAAGAUGUUUGUGGACCUGAAUCCAGACAGCGAUAAGAUCAUCUAUUCUCACUUCACCUGUGCCACUGACACAGAGAACAUCCGUUUCGUCUUCGCCGCCGUCAAAGACACCAUCCUGCAGCUCAACCUAAAGGAGUACAACCUGGUGUAGAGUGGAGCAGGGCUGACAACAGGAGGCCCUCAUCAACACACUGACUGACGCAAUCUGUGAAAAGAUAGAUCAUAUACACACACAUGAAAAGAAAAUCAGAGAAAAAAAAUAUAAUGGUUGCAUAAUACUAAUUUAUUUGCCAUUUUUUGAUCUCUUGGUCUCCAAGGGGUGAGCAAAGUAAAUGUUAUCUUGCUAUUUAAGGAGGUGAUGAAAUAUAGGGAGGUGGGGGACAAGAGAUUCGGUAGAGGUGGGGAGGGAUUUGCUGUUGAAUAUGUACAGCAAUGAUCCUCAUUUCUAGGCUUUGCGCAUUGUGAAAUUUUGUUUUGUUUUUUUGACAGAAAGAAAGAAACUACUUUGUGCACUUGAGGUUUGGGGGCUUGUUUUGUCUGUCAGUCUGAUACAUCAGAGCUGGAAUGAAUGCAAUGUGCUCCCUGCCUCCUGCCUUUUUAUAAACCAGAAGAGAAAAAAAAGUUUUCAUUCCUUUUUUUGUGUGUUUCACCCUCCCUCCUUACCUGUCAGUUCAUUCUGAAGCUUCAUCCUGGCCGUUUAGGAAAUGAUGUAACAGAUCUCUAAUUGACAGCUUCCAUUUUCUUCCAAAGGACUGAUUGGCAAGUCUCUUGAUAAAUAGUGUGAUUUUGAAAUUAUUUCACGUUGAUUUGGUUUUGAUUGACUUAAAUCAUUGUUAUUAUUACAUUGCAUUGACUUCGGUACCAUUCAAUGAGUAGAGCAUGUGUGACCGUGGAAGUACAUUCCCCACACUUUGGGGGCAAAUUGCCUGAGUCUUGACAGCAUCAACACAACCAUGAAGUUUUAGAGAAAUUGGCUUUAAAAAUGCUUUCUGAGCUUUGAGUGAGCGGGUGAGGAGGCACACGGGGACCUCUGCUCUGUCAUGUCAUGAAAACCAGGAUGGUUGCUUUACACAGACUGAAAUGAGUUGAGAAGGUGAUCAUUUAUGAGACAAUGUUGUUAAAUGACUAUGUUCAACUGUGCCACAUUAAUGCUUAUUAUUAUGGUAAUACGUAUAUUUAUUGCCAAUGCCAAAAUAAGUCAAGCACCGGACUCCACUUUGCGCUGUUUACUACUUUUAAUGAAAUAAAGUGUUGAGGACAUGAAAAGAGCAGGGCUAAUGACUGCAGACAUACUGAUCGACCGACUGAUUCCUGCAAGUAUUCAAGAAAGUCAAUGGUAUUCUCCCACCAUCCCAAACACACACACACACAGCCUGGACCAACCUUAAACUACAGUUAGUUAGCAGGCUGUGAGCAGAAAGGAGGACGCCUGUUGUGCUGAACUGCUCAAUCUGUCCAAUCACGACCUUGCGUGUGGCUACAAGCCCCGCCCCUUGGCCUACAGACGAUCCAGUUACAUCUUAGCUGUGUCUUCAUACUCCAAUCACAGCCCGGCUGUCUUGACUGUUGUAGUUCAAUAGCAGUGGAGAAUAAAUUAGGCUAAUUCCUAUGUAAAAGGGCACAGUGUUGAUGUUGAGUUUGUACCAAAGUAAGCCCUUCUCCUUUCUGAUUUGCAAAUCCCCUCAUUCCUAAGUUACUUUAAGUAUUUUUUGUAACAGUUCCCUCGAACAUAAGCCUGUAAUUUACAUUUAUUGAGGCAUAGUGCAAUUAUGAAUGCUAUAAUCAUUGUACAUACAUCUCUAUAUAUAUGGCAGCAUCUUUGUUGGCUUUGUAAUCAUUACUUUUUUGGCAGAUUGAAUGUGCGGUAUUGAAAAUAUGUAUCUAUGUAAUUGUAUUGUAUGUCUAAUGGCUAAUUCAUUUUUGGAAGAAAAAAAUUGUUAUUUACAUGUUUGUUUUUGUUUCCCUUUUUUUUAAGAGGAGAAUGUAAAUUUUGUGUUUUGUCAUUUAUGUUUCUCAGCAAGGAAACAUUGUUCAGCUUCAGAACUGCAUUAAGAGGAAUAUUAUUAUCCAAUAACACACUGAUUGGUAUGCCAGUACUUACAGUAGCCGGUUUGUUAAAUUUACUUUUAUAUGAAAAACUGCAGACUGAAUCCAAUCAACAGGGCUAAUUGUAAUAGUUUAGUUCUUAUCUGGUUUCAGGAAAAGAGCACUUGUCAUAUAGGUGUAAUCACAUCACUCAUGAAUUCUUUUAUAUUAAAUUUAAUCACACAGUGUCUCGAUAAGUAUUUAUUAACUUUAGAUCUCUUAGCGUACCGCACAUCUUGUGAUCCUGAGCACUCCGUUCCCCUCCACCAAUCACCUGAGUAUGUUUUAUUUAACAGGUAGAGCUAGAACAAGGUGGAUGGCAGGCAGGUUAAGUGUUGCUUUGGCUCAGAUUUUGUAUAAAAUCUUGUUAAGGAUGAGAUGUAAUUAUCUGCUUGUUUGUGCUAAUAGAUGGGAAUCCCCCAACACCCCCUCAAAUGAACCUCCGCCCUGAUAGAAACUCAGUAUUGGCAGAGUCAAAAACAAAUCACUCAAAUAUUUGACCUAAUUGGAAAGAUUAACAGGUGCUUUUAUAGUUCUUUUUUUUUUUACUUCAUUUUCAUCUUGAUUGCCACCAUUUCAUUAGAAUGUACAGUAUUAUUUUAGAUUUUAUUUAUGAAACGACAACAUCGGUGAAAACUCACAACAGUCCACAUGUACAUAUUGCCUUAUUGAAUAAGCUGUGCCUCUGAAGUCCCAUGCAAGGCACCUGUGUUUUUAUGAGAAGUGAAGCUAGUGCGGCCAAUAAUGUCCCAUUGUGCAGCUGGAGGAUUGUUUGGUUUUGGCUCGGUGGUCUCUCUUUGUUAUUCUGUGCUAUAAGAAGCCCUGGGAACAGCUUUGAAGUGUAGCUAAUAUGACAUCAUUACAGGACAUCAUGAGUGAAUUGUAAUCAGAACACUUUCCAUUGUUUUCAUAAUGUUGUCGCGUCAUAUUCAUGUCUUAAAACCCAUGCCGCUGUGCAUUAUAAUGCAUUGAACUGCCUGAUGUGAUGCUGAUUAAGCAGCAGUGUGUGCAGAAUGUGCCACAAUCUGGACUCUAAUCCAACAACAGCCACCUGCAGAGUGUUUUUGCUACAUUUUGGCUGUGGUUCGGCAUCUACCAGCCAGUUUGGCAGGUAACCAGCCCUCACUCCGAGGUCCUGUUGUGUUCAGAUAUUUCAGCUGGCUGGUGAAAUUUAUUACAAGGAUGAUUGAUUUUGGCAGGCAACAACCACUUCAACAAGUCAAACUCCAGUCCAAUUCACAGUGUACUUGAAAUCUUACAAUAACCACUUAUCAGCAGCAGGGCCUAAUAGAAAAAACACUGCGGGCCAGAUUUCACUGAAUGUUAAAACGGUGUUAGCGUGAUUCUGCUUGUUGUCAGAGGAGAUGUUUUGAAGCUGGACUAUAGUUUCAACUUAUCAGUGUUGAUGAUAACUUGUGGAGUUGCAGUGAUCAGUAAAGUGUCUCCCUGCUGUUGUAGAGUGCUUAUUUACACUGCCCCUCCGUCUUAAAGGGAAAAUCCUUGUUUAAACAAUUCACACACUGCAUUUAAGGCAGUGAGCGGAGACCGCCUCGCUGCCUGUUUGGGAGACUCAGAAAGCUAAAGGGAUAUAAAAGUGACUAACAUUAAAAUUUCACUUUAUUGUAUGAAAUUAAAUUAUAAUGGGAAAAAUACAAAUUAUAAUUGAGUCACAAGGAACUGUUCUCAACUUUUGUGAGCAACUUUCAUUACUCUGAGUGAGCAUGUGUGAGUUAUAUUCAGGCUGGAUUUUCCCUUUAAGACAGCACAGACUCCAGCUGGUGUUCACCUCUGCUGCUGUUCAAUUUCCAUGCAGUAGGACUGCAUUAUGUAGAACACGCAGGGUUGAAUUUUUGAAAAAUAACUUUCUGUACUCUGCUCUUUUACUAUCUGACACGUCAUCUGAUUGCUUUCACCCUGCAGAUAUGAAGUUAAAGGAUUAAUCUUGAAAUAUUGCUAUUAUCAUGAUCUCCAAUCAUAAUUUUGUAAAAUUGUUCCAUCCAUCCAUAAACUGGCACUCCUUUAACAUAUUUCUGAAUGAAAUUCUUGUUAAAAUCCUGAUGUUCAUUGUAAAUUUAGUGAUAGAGCUAUUAUUUCUACAAUGUUGGUGUUUUUCCAAUCUCAUUUCUCCUCAUCAAACUUCCUGCCAGAUGUGCUAAGUCAAAUUGUAUUUGAACUCCAAUUUGUAUUACAAACCUCUGUUAAGCACUGAAAAUGUAAUGACAGUGAAUUGAUUCUUGCUAAGUAAAAUCAUAUAGAUGUGCCCCAAGCAUGUUGCCAAGCAACAAGUUGGGAGAAAAUCAUCAAGAUAAAAAAGCAACACCAGAAUACUUAAAAAGAAAGAUAGAAAAAUAUGCCUGGAGCUGACUUUGUUUACUUCUUUGUUUAAAAUUCCCAACACCACCAUAAAUAAAGUGUAUUUAGACAAAAAGAAAUAGAGGAAGUCUAUUUCUAUGUUUAGAUGUAAGACAACUUUUGAUUGUAAAUCAAGGCAACAACUCUUAGAAAAUGCAUUACAUUUCAUAAAACUCACUUCUUUUAUAUCAUCAAAGGACUGAUGUUCACAUUCUGAAUGAUCUUUCCCAGAAAACAAAAAGUCAAAAGCAAAUUGUCCAUUGUAAAAAUGU